AAAAAAUUUGCGUCCGUAGAAGGCUUAUUGGCAAUGCAUUUAUUAAGACCCCCAAGACUCGGAGUUCAUUUGUUUAUCUUCCGGUGAGAGAGAGAUAUUGAGGGAAAGAGAAGCUUUGUGGAGGGAACGAUGAUUCCAGACCAAUGGACGUCUCCUUGCGGAAAUCAGUGCACCAAGAAAUACGCAGCUAUGCAGAUUGCAUGGAGAGUAUUUUGCAAAAAAGGGUGCUAUGCCGAUGGAGAGACAUGGGAGGAAUGCUUGGAGGAGUGCAAUGAGAUAUGCUAUAAAGACCCUGUAUUCAAGGACCAGCAGUGGAGUGCUUACAUUGAUCGUUCUCCUGGAUCUCCCUCUCACUCCAAGGAAUGCUUUAAUGCUUGUGUAUCUGGCUGUGGUUUCAAGUUUGAAAUUAGCCCAGAGGAAGUUGCUAAAGUUCGGUCAAAGAGGUUACCUGAGCCUCUCACUGUUCAAGAACCACCACCGUCGACACCAAUGCCAAUGCCAACACCAACUGACGGACCCUGUGCAACAACCGAAGAUGUACCUUGCACAUCUGCUUAGCGAGAGUAUUCAAGGCAACAAGGCUUGUAUAUCAAAAAUCUGCGUAGUGAGAGUAGUUGUCUGCUAAAACAUGCUGCUUAGGAUCAGUUCAGUUGUAGGCCAUUUUUUUGUCGGCAGAAGAUUUUGUUCUUAUGUCCACCUCUUGCGUCUCCCGAGCUUCCUCUGGCCUGAGGUGUGACCUAAUAUCCAGUUUUCUGGAGUUUUGAGACUAUACCUUGGUCAUUUUUCUGGAGCUUCCUCUGGUCAGUUUUCUGGAUUACUGACCCCCAAUUUUUUGCUCCAUAAAAGAUAUGAUGGUGCAAAAGAAUCGGUCUAAAAAUCCUUUACAAGAUACCUAAAACCAUACAGGGACUCUAAUUGUUCUUCAUCGGUGGUAAUGGGAAUUUUUUUAGGAAAUUUUGUAUAUA